AUGUAUUCGGGAUUCCGUUUACCAGAGGCACCGUUUGUUGAUCCUUCAGUAGUGACACCGGCUCCAGCGAUCUGCCCGAUCAUAUUUUUCGACACGCCUACCUGCGUAAGAGGCAUCAAUUCAAAUGAGUACGUGUUCUUCCUGGCAUUGUACAGUUGUCUCUCCAUGAAGUCACGAAUGGAAUAUACGCAUCUGAGCAUUAUUUCUGGAGUGACGUUGAAGUGA